AUGGACCCGUCUCUCUCCUCGCCCUCCUCGCCUCUCCGGCUCUCCGGAACCCCCGCCGGCCCGGGCUCAAGCCCUGCCCCUACCCCGAGGCCCACCCUCGUGGCGGCCGGCCCCGGCCGCCAGCCCACCACCACCUCCCUCCGCGCCAUCUCGCCAUCCCCGUCCCCGCCCACCGCCGUGGAGUCGUUCGGCUUCGACGCGCUCAAGGAGACCUUCGCCGUGGACGUGGCGGCCGCCGACGCGCGCCCGCUCGACGUCCCGCUCGCCGCGCCCUUCACCAUCGCGUCCUCGCGCCUCGUCGCGGUGAACAACGUCGCCGUUCGCGUCGAGCUCCACAGCGGCGCCGUCGGGUGGGGGGAGGCGCCCGUGUUGCCCUCCGUCACCGCCGAGGACCAGCCCGCGGCGCUCGACGCCGCGGGACGGGCGUGCGCCGCGCUCGUGGGCGCCCCCGCGGCGCCCCUCGGCGCGCUGCUCCAGGACGUCGCCAGUGUGCUCCCGGGACACGCCUUCGCCUCGGCCAGAGCAGGAGUGGAGAUGGCGCUGAUUGACGCGGUUGCUAAUAGCAUUCGCAUACCUCUAUGGAGAUUAUUCGGAGGAGCAUCAGAUAGUGUGACAACUGACAUCACGAUUCCAAUUGUGACCCCAAAUGAUGCUGCUCAAUUGGCUGCAAAAUAUCGUGGACAAGGGUUUCAAACUCUGAAGCUCAAGGUUGGGAAGAACUUGAAUUCAGAUGUUGAAGUUCUGAAAGCUAUACGACUUGUCCAUCCAGAUUGCUCAUUUAUUUUGGAUGCAAAUGAGGGAUACACAGCAAAUCAAGCAAUUGAAGUUCUUGAUAGGCUAAAUGAAAUGGGAGUGACCCCUGUGCUCUUUGAGCAACCAGUUCACAGAGAUGAUUGGGACGGUCUCCGAGAUGUUAGCUCUGUGGCCAUGGAGAAAUACAAAGUCGCUGUUGCUGCUGAUGAAAGCUGUCGGAGUUUACUUGAUGCUCAGAAAAUAAUAAAUGGGAAUCUUGCCCAUGUUAUUAACAUCAAGCUCGCAAAGUUGGGGGUUCUUGGUGCCCUUGAAAUAAUUGAUGCUGCAAGAAAAGCCAAUAUUGCUCUGAUGAUCGGUGGCAUGGUUGAGACUAGGAUUGCUAUGGGCUUUGCUGGUCAUUUAGCUGCUGGGCUUGGAUGCUUUAGUUUCGUUGACCUGGACACACCUCUUUUACUCUCUGAAGAUCCUGUGUAUGGUGGCUAUGAAGCUUUUGGACCUGUGUACAAGUUUACAAACGCCCGUGGCCAUGGCGGUUUCCUUCACUUGGGCACUGAUGCCUCGAAAUGA